AUGAUGGAAUUGUUCGACCAAGACCAAUUCCAAAACGAAAUUGCCAUUAAACUUAAAAACGGUACUGCAACUACAACGGAAAUCAUCACAGACCUUUUUGUUCAAAAUGCAAACACAGAAAACAUCACACAAAUCGUUCAGAUCGUUCAAUUAAUGAUUUCUGUCGAUUCGAAUGAUUUGCUUCUGUUUUUUACAGACAUUCUAAGAAAUUUCUUUGUACUUGGAUCAAACGAAACCACUGAGGAAAUCGAAAGUGUCUUUGUCAAUCAAAUCGACAAUCCUAAUGUGAUAGAAAUUGUUCAAACAAUACCAAGAGUGUACCUCUCAAAAUUUGAUGAAAUGGUUGAUAACUCCAAACAAGUGAUUCUCGAAAAGAUGUUUACAGAGUUAAACUUUAAAGUGAUUCUUUUUUACACAGCGAAUUACACAACUGCUGACCCACAAUUCGCUAAAAUACUUUCGGGUGCUCUCUUUACACCCGCAACGCCUACCCUUCCCUUAAGAGUGCACAACCCGAUCACCCGUAAAUAUCUGAUGAAAUUGUUAAUUUCUCUUUUUCAGAAAUUCGACAACGAGAAGACAAUACCAGGAAAUACAACAUGUUCCGAAUUGAUGAACGUCUUUUUCGAACACACAAACCCAAUAAUUCCAAUCCGCAUGACACAAUACGACUUGAAAGGUCAUGGUUUUGUCGGAUUAGAAAAUUUGGGGUGUACAUGUUACGUCAAUUCCAUUAUCCAGCAGUUGUAUAUGAAUGUCCAUUUCCGCAACUCAAUCAUGUCUCUUCACCCAACUGAGAAAUCAAUUUACAUCAACGCAUUCCAAAAACUCUUUUCUGAGCUCCACACGUCUUCUUUGCGUUACGUCAAGACGGGAGACUUCUUCUCGAAACUCCGCGACUCCAACGGGAAGAAGUUCAACGCUCACAUCCAAAUGGACGCACAAGAGUUUCUCUGUAAUGUUUUAGAGACAAUUGAGAAAGAACUGAAGCUCUUGCCGCACCAAGAGAAUAUUAUUGAACACUGUUUUUCGUUGGUAUUGUCUAACCAAAUAAGAAGCGAAGAGUGCGGACAUGUUAGUGAGACAGAAGAACGAACAAAUUGCCUUCAAAUAGCUAUCAAAACGUUUGGGGAAUGUAACAAAACGUGUUUAAGAGAGAGUUUUGAGGCAAUGGUGUGCGGGGAUGAGCUCUCUGGAGAGAACAAAUAUCAUUGCACGCGUUGUGGCGAUUUUGUCAAUGCAAUUAAGAGAUCAUGUUUCAAAGUUCUUCCAAACACUCUCGUUCUGCAUUUGAAGAGAUUCGAGUUUGAUUAUGAGACAAUGAAGAAAUUUAAGAUUUAUGACAAGUUCGCCUUUCCGACACUUCUCAAUCUCACCACUUAUUCGUCACUCUUUUUGGAUAAACAAUUCCCUCAUUCAAAUGAAAAUUGUUUUGUUUAUGAAUUGGUCGGUGUGGUUGUACACACAGGGAAUUUGGAUAGUGGGCACUAUUACUCGUAUAUAAAGAACCAAGAGAGUGGAACAGAUUGGGUAGAAUUCAAUGAUGACAUUGUGGAGUAUUUCAAUCUCGAAAAUCUAGAAAAAGCAACGUUUGGAGAUUGUGGAAAGAAAAACUGUGCGUAUAUACUAUUUUACCAGAAAAAAGAACCAAACUAUGUUAUUAAAAGUGUCACGUGGCCAAAAGUGUACUGUCAACCGGUCGUUGUGAACGAUUUGAAGAUUUUGAAUAGUUUUAAUGUGUUUAUGAGUUUUGAAAUGGCAGAUUAUUUACUUUCGUUUUUGGAGCAUCUCAAUAAAAACGAGUGGAUUGAAUUUGGAAAAACGGCGUUAAAAACAAACAAAGAAUAUCAAAACAUGAGUGGAAAAGAGAGUGGCGAGAUUGAGGAUGUGGCGAAACGGUGUCUCUCAUUUGUGUUUAUUGAGAAACCCGUUUUGUUUAAAUACGAAAAUAACAAAAAAUUUGAUGACAAGUUGAUUGAAUUGUUGGAACGACACGAUUCUUUGGUGGAGAAAAUAAUCGAAGAAGAAAUUAACCAAAAGCUGAAAAAAAACCUUCUCAUGAAGACACUCACCGAAGUCUUUGUAGAAAGCACGACUGACGAAGUGAUCAAGUUCUUUGCGAGGUUAAUCAACAUCGGAAACAAAGAACGGGUCACUUUAUAUGGAGAGCUGUUGGUCGAGAAAAUGAUGAGGAUCAGAAAGACAGCACUGGACUUUUUGAAGUUUUGUAAACUCAUGAAUUUGACAGAGAGAGAAAGUACUCUGUGGAAGGCAAUGAGUCAAAAACUUGUAUCCAUGGGGAACUCUGGGAUUGGGAUGGUCGAGAGAACACUUUCGUGUAACGACGGUAAAACGAAGAAAGCUCCAAACUACGAAGACUUGUGUUCGGUUUUUAUCGACAUUGUUGAGGGGUAUCCCGACGUUACACAAAUUGGGGUGAGUCAAAAUUACAAACAUAAAAUUUUGAAUUGGGCAGAGUGUUGUGAUGAGUUUGUUGAUCAAACGAAAAUAGAUGAGUUCAAAAUCUUGUUAACAAUGGAUGGCGAUGUUGUUGACAAAAAUGGUAUUUGCGUGGUAUAA